GGACCGCGGGAGCCCAGAGCGCGGGCGCCGCGGAGGAGUUGGGAGCCGGCGCAAAAGUUUCCUCCCAACUCCGGCCCCGUGCGCAGCCGCCGCCGCCCACUCCAGCCCCGGGCUUGGGGCCGGCCCUGCCACCGCCGCCAGGGCCAGGGCCAGGGCCAGGGCCAGGGCCAGCGACAGGGCAGGGCCGGCAGUUUCGCUUUGGUGGGCGCGGAGCAGCCGCCUGGGCCGGGCAGAAGUAGGAGCGGGAGGAGGAGGAGGAGGAGCCGGGCCGCGGAGCUGCCGUGUCCCGGGCCGCCGGGCACCUGGGAGGUAACCCCUUUCCGCGGCCGUCACUCCCCGAUUCCCGCCACCUGCCGCCUGGCCAGGUGGAAGGGGCGCUGCCGCGAGCCUCCGGGCCUCAGGGUGUUCCGGGGAGCGGCGCCCCGGGUCUCCGGGCCCACCCGCCCCGGGCGUCCUCCGAGAGUGGGGGCUGCGCCCGCGGGGUCAGACACCUGUUCGGCCCGGCCCGGCGUGGUCGCCAGGGGCCAGGAUGAAAGUGACCGUGUGCUUCGGCAGGACGGGCAUCGUGGUGCCCUGCAAGGAGGGCCAGCUGCGCGUCGGCGAGCUCACCCAGCAGGCGCUGCAGCGGUACCUGAAGACCCGGGAGAAGGGUCCUGGUUACUGGGUGAAGAUUCAUCACUUAGAAUAUACAGAUGGAGGAAUCCUGGAUCCAGAUGAUGUCUUGGCAGAUGUUGUUGAAGAUAAAGACAAGCUGAUUGCUGUGUUUGAAGAACAAGAACCACUCCACAAGAUUGAGAGCCCCAGUGGAAACCCUGCAGAUCGGCAGAGCCCAGAUGCUUUUGAGACAGAAGUGGCUGCCCAACUGGCUGCAUUUAAACCAAUUGGUGGGGAGAUUGAAGUAACCCCUUCUGCUCUAAAACUAGGCACUCCACUGCUGGUGAGGAGAAGCAGUGACCCAGUGCCAGGCCCACCUGCUGAUACCCAGCCAAGCGCUUCACACCCUGGUGGCCAGAGUCUGAAACCGGUUGUUCCAGAUUCCACGCAGAACUUGGAAGACAGAGAAGUUAUGAAUGGUAUACAGACAGAACUACUAACUUCGCCAAAAACUAAGGACACAUUGAGUGAUAUGACAAGAACAGUGGAGAUUUCUGGGGAAGGAGGCCCAUUGGGAAUACAUGUAGUGCCCUUCUUUUCAUCUCUGAGUGGAAGGAUUCUAGGACUCUUCAUCCGAGGCAUUGAAGAAAACAGCAGGUCCAAGCGGGAGGGACUAUUUCACGAAAAUGAAUGUAUUGUAAAAAUCAACAAUGUGGAUCUCGUAGACAAAACCUUUGCUCAGGCUCAAGAUGUCUUCCGCCAGGCAAUGAAAUCUGCAAGUGUGCUCCUCCACGUGCUUCCUCCACAAAACCGUGAACAGUAUGAAAAGUCAGUCAUUGGUUCUCUUAACAUUUUUGGUAACAAUGAUGGUGUUUUGAAAACCAAAGUGCCGCCUCCUGUCCAUGGAAAAUCGGGAUUAAAGACAGCAAAUCUCACAGGAACUGAUAAUCCUGAAACAGAUGCAUCAACUUCCCUGCAACAAAACAAGAGUCCCCGAGUACCAAGGCUGGGAGGAAAACCAUCCUCUCCCUCACUCUCCCCUCUCAUGGGAUUUGGCAGCAAGAAAAAUGCAAAGAAAAUUAAGAUUGACCUAAAGAAAGGCCCUGAAGGACUUGGUUUCACUGUGGUUACCAGAGACUCUUCCAUACAUGGUCCUGGUCCCAUUUUUGUAAAAAACAUUUUACCAAAAGGAGCAGCAAUAAAAGAUGGCCGCCUACAAUCAGGGGACAGAAUUUUGGAGGUAAAUGGGAGAGAUGUCACCGGACGAACCCAGGAAGAGCUUGUGGCCAUGCUCAGGAGCACCAAGCAGGGGGAGACAGUGUCGCUGGUCAUUGCCCGCCAAGAAGGACAUUUUCUGCCCCGAGAGUUGAAAGGAGAACCUGACUGCUGUGCACUCUCCCUGGAGACAAGCGAGCAGCUCACCUUUGAGAUCCCCCUGAAUGAUUCAGGUUCUGCUGGCCUCGGGGUGAGCUUAAAAGGGAACAAAUCCAGAGAAACUGGAACAGACUUGGGGAUUUUUAUCAAAUCCAUCAUUCAUGGAGGCGCUGCUUUUAAGGAUGGUCGUCUGCGAAUGAAUGACCAGCUGAUUGCAGUUAAUGGGGAAUCUCUUUUGGGAAAGUCCAACCAUGAAGCUAUGGAAACACUUAGGCGGUCAAUGUCCAUGGAGGGAAACAUCCGAGGGAUGAUCCAGUUGGUGAUUCUGAGGAGGCCAGAGAGACCAGUGGAGGAUCCUGCAGAGUGUGGGGCAUUUUCCAAGCCAUGCUUUGAGAACUGUCAAAAUGCUGUAACCACCUCUAGGCGAAAUGAUAAUAGUACUCUGCAUCCACUUGGCACUUACAGUCCACAAGACAAACAGAAAGACCUAUUGCUGCCCAAUGACAGAUGGGCCGAGAGUGAAGUUCCACCUUCUCCAACACCACAUUCUGCUCUGGAAUUGGGCCUCGAAGAUUACAGCCACAGCUCUGGGGUGGAUUCAGCAGUAUAUUUUCCAGAUCAGCACGUCAACUUCAGAUCUGUGACACCAGCCAGGCAGCCUGAAUCAAUUAAUUUGAAAGCCUCGAAGAGCAUGGACCUUGUGCCAGAUGAAAGCAAGGUUCACUCAUUGGCUGGACACAAAUCGGAAUCUCCAAGCAAAGAUUUUGGUCCAACUCUGGGUUUGAAAAAGUCCAGUUCCUUGGAGAGUCUGCAGACUGCAGUGGCCGAGGUCCGGAAGAAUGACCUUCCCUUUCACAGGCCCCGGCCGCACAUGGUUCGAGGCCGAGGCUGCAAUGAGAGCUUUAGAGCAGCCAUUGACAAAUCCUACGAUGGACCUGAAGAAAUAGAAGCUGACGGUCUGUCUGAUAAGAGCUCUCACUCUGGCCAAGGAGCUCUGAAUUGUGAAUCUGCCCCUCAGGGGAACUCGGAGCUAGAGGACAUGGAAAAUAAAGCCAGGAAAGUCAAAAAAACGAAAGAGAAGGAGAAGAAAAAGGAAAAGGGCAAAUUGAAAGUCAAGGAGAAAAAGCGCAAAGAGGAGAAUGAAGAUCCAGAAAGGAAAAUAAAGAAGAAGGGCUUCGGCGCCAUGCUGAGAUUUGGAAAGAAGAAAGACGAUAAGGGUGGAAAGGCUGAGCAGAAAGGUACUCUGAAACAUGGUGGCCUGAGAGAAGAAGAGCUGGAGAAAAUGAAAGAAGAGCGUGAAAGGAUUGGAGCAAAACAUCAGGAGCUAAGGGAAAAGCAGGCAAGAGGUCUUCUUGAUUAUGCUACUGGUGCAAUUGGAUCAGUGUACGAUAUGGAUGAUGAUGAAAUGGACCCCAAUUAUGCCAGAGUGAACCACUUUCGGGAACCAUGCACAUCAGCAAAUGUCUUUAGAUCUCCAUCUCCCCCUCGAGCUGGACCAUUUGGUUACCCUCGGGAUGGCCGUCCACUGUCUCCAGAAAGAGACCACUUAGAGGGUCUCUAUGCCAAGGUCAACAAGCCAUACCAUCCACUGGCUCCAGCUGACAGUGGCCGUCCCACGGGUGGAAGCACUGACCGUAUCCAGAAGUUGCGGAAAGAGUAUUAUCAGGCUCGGAGGGAAGGUUUCCCUUUAUAUGAAGACGAUGAAGGAAGAGCAAGGCCAUCUGAGUAUGACCUACUCUGGGUGCCUGGAAAGGGUCCAGAUGGGAAUGCACACAACCUCCGCUUUGAAGGGAUGGAGAGGCAGUACGCAUCCUUACCCAGGGGAGGACCCGCAGAUCCUGUAGACUAUCUGCCAGCAGCACCUCGGGGGCUCUACAAGGAAAGGGAGCUUCCCUAUUAUCCAGGGGCUCAUCCUAUGCACCCUCCCAAAGGGAGCUAUCCCCGCCCCACAGAGCUGAGGGUGGCAGAUCUCCGGUAUCCUCAGCACUACCCACCUCUGCCAGCUCCCCAGCACAAAGGACCCUUUCGACAAGACGUUCCGCCUUCCCCUCCCCAGCACCAAAGAAUGCCAGCCUAUCAGGAAACGGGCAGACCAGGGCCCCGUGGGGGCAGCCCAGACCAGUACCCUUACCGAACCCAGGAUUCCCGGCAGAAGAACCCCAUGACUGCAGCUGUAUAGCUGAGUGCCACCGAGGCCAGCCCAAUCCAGAAAGGAAGGUGUCUACUCUACCUUUGCCCUUUCUAAAAUUGAAGACCUUCUUGGUGAUAGGAAUUCUCCAUGUUACUGAUUAGCUUUUUCUCACUGACAUUGUAAUGCGUGACUGCUAAUCAGAGGGAAAAAGAAGGGAAGGGGAUUGGGGAGGAAAAAAAAAAAUCAGAAGGAAGACGAAAGAUGGGGCUAUAAAAACAAAACUACCUGACAGUUGAAACACUUUCAGAGUUGUUCAAAUCAGUGAGAGUGGCAACGGAACACACAAACAGCUAACAAUGGAGCCCUACUCUGGGGAUCCUCCCUGGCUAGAUAACCUGUGCUGAUGUGCAGACACGUGGGCACCCCCCUGUAUGAGACUGGCGGUCCAGAGGCAGUCUCUGCCAGGCAGCAUUACCCGCUCGGAGGUGGAGCCUCAGCCCCCUUCUUAGAGCUGUUAAGUCUAAGGUGUGGCAGAGCAGACAGAGAUAGAGACAUCUGAAGUGAGUAUAGGUUUUUUGACUGAGAAAAAAAAACAGCAGCAAACAUGACUAGCGAUCUUGAAAUAAUUGUGUCCCGAGAGAAAGACUGCAUUUCUUUAUUUGUAGAAUUUAUCAGGUUCCUGAUACCACUCAUUUGAUGUAAACAUUUCAUGUUUCCUCACUUUUGAUAUGAAAGUCCGUAAAAUGCAGUAUUAGUCCUGGGAGGAUGUGCACAGCUGGUCAGAGCUUCCAGAAGGAAUAUCUUCCGAGGACCAAGGUGAUCAGGUUAAGAGGGUGGAACAUCCCACGACCCUCACCUUCCUCCCUCCCACAUUCCAGUCAUGGAGAUAUCUGGUUUCAGAGUCAGCCCAAAUCUCCUGCCUAUAAUUACUUUAACUGGGGUCUCUACUUUAAGGUUCCCACUUGAGGGCUAAAAUGUAGUUGGGAAAAAGAGGGCCUACUGGGGAGGUCUCACAGGAGGCAGUGCCCUGGAAAUGCCAAGUCCAGACUCAGUGCCAAGGAGUAACCAUCUGCACUUGGGGACAGCGAGGAGCUGACCGUGGCCUCUGAUGACCAGGAGGUAUUAGAUGGAAGUGAAUGAGAGAGAGAGAGAGAGAGAGAGAGAGAAUGUGUGUGUGUGUAUGUGUAUGUGUGUGUUCGAACACAUAUGAUUGCCAGUAUGGAGAAUGAAAGAUUAAUAAUGCUUUCUGGAGAGUUUGAUGCAAAAGCCGGGGAAAAUGGAGGGAAAGGGAGAAAAGGCGUUAAGACUAAAUCCACCUGCAUUUGCUAUAUUUCAUUAACUAAAGUCAGGUCAGGGCAGGGCCAAGGCCUCCAACUGGAAAAGGACAGUGUUAUGGCUUUAAAAAGCUGAAGCCCCACCCUCUAAGUAGAACGAACCUAUCACAAUGUUUUCUGAGCUUUGCAGUAAUUUUCUAUGAAAACUAAAACCUCUAAAACAUAUAAGCUGGCCCAAAUGAGAACACAAGCAAAAGAUGUGGAAGACAGCAAAACCUGAGCAUUGGUUUGAACCGGGCAGUGACGCUUGAAAUACUUUAAGCCUUUUCACAUUCCUUCUUUAUUCCCUCCAAAAAAAAAAAGUCUUGAGUUUAAUUUAGGUCUAUUUUGGCUGAGAUUAGCAUACCUCUGACUCACAGGAUUUAAUAAAUUAUAGUAUUAUUGAAUACGUAGGACAUCCCUCUACCCCAGCUUACUCUUAUCUUUUUAAUUUAAAAUAGAAUUCUGCUACCAAGAAGGAUGCAACUGCUAGUUUUAGAUGUAAAUAGUGUUAUUUACUGGACUUUGUGAUAUUAUUUUCUUAACUACAUUUUACUAUGGCCCUGUUGAAAACAGACUAUCAACUUUUUGUCUCUGUUCUGUCAUCUCUCUUAAGCCAGGCACCUUUAGAGUGUUUGCAAUUUGUUCAAAGUGGUUGAGGAUCUCACGCCCUGCUCACCUGAAGUGGAGUGAAGGGGAGUACCGGUUUCCCUGCUGACCUGCUGAAUGCUACCUUCCCCUCGAGUUAAAUACACCUUAAAGAAAAUGAUAACACGAGGGACGGGUAACUUGUUUUGAAGCAUUAAAAAACAGCAGCUCUUCAGUAUGUUCCAUAUUUUAACCAAACUACUGUAGACUACUAAACAUAGCCAAGCCAGAACGUUCCUUCUGGAUUAAGCCUAGGCCACUUGAGGGGCAGCCAGGGGUGAUGGUGUCAGGUGAGAAUCCUGUGUCUUGAAGGAGUGGCCUUUGCAGGAAGAGCGCCCAUGUUUUCACCUGCAGCGUUGCCACGGGAGUGUGCAAUACCUCCUGCACACAGGCUCAGGGUAAACUGCUCCAAAGCUGGGUUUUGUGUUGUAUACAAAGUCAAUAAAAUAGUUGCUAAUCCUGAGUGGCAGCCAGUGAUGUGAAGGUACUAUUAAAGUGAACAAAAACUAGAUUGCAACAGUUUUCUUUCCUUGCUUGAAGUAUAACACACGCUCCAUUUGAUCCUGCCUGAAAGAAGCUAACAUUAUAUUUGUGACAGACAGAGGCUCCAUCAAGCCAAGCAACAAUUAACAGCUCAAAUGUAAGACUUAUAAAUGCCCGUGUACUCACCCUUCAAUUGUUACCACCCAGAGGUUACAGGACUCUUUCCCAGCAUUUAGGGGAACAGGUUUUUAGAGUAUUUAGAAGACCAGACUAUAAUCAGUAAUGUGCCUGGGAGCAGGAAAUAGCUCCCAAUUUAUUUAUGGCCUUGGGAAAACUCAAUCCGGUGUCUCCUUGUAGCUCAGAACACUAAUAGCCCCCCUGGAAAAGAGCGGCACGUUGAGCUCCAAACCCAAUCAACAUACAUCCACUUGGCUGCAGAUCUGACCGCUGGGUCAUGAAGGCCGUGAAAUGUUUGCCGUCAAGUCACUAGAUAUUUUAAGAAGCCCUAUUUUUCUCCCUUUUGGCAGGAGUAGAGAGAUGAAAGAGGACAGACCAUUGAAAACUUUUAGAUGCCGGAGAAUUGAGACUUCCCCAAGGGAGAGAAACACAGCCUCCCCAGAAUCCAUUAUGCCAUCGGGCUGUGGCACUCUCACUCUUGCCAUAAUACCGUUUCCUCACAAUGUCAAAUCAGUGGAUGAAAUGCAAGCUCAGAAACAGGAACAUUUUCUUAAAUCAUAACCUAAUAGCAAACAAAAAUUGAAAGAACAAUUAUCCUGAAGCUCAUUAUUCUUAGAUCUGUAGGUAUAUACGUGUUGACCCCCACAGGAUGGCACCGAGUAAAGAUCUUAAGAGCAUGGUAGGGGUUCUGAGACUGACUGUCACCCGUGGAUCCUGAUUGGGAAGAACAGAGGCUUCACUAUAGCUAUAGUUUUCCACCAAGUCAAUCAGAUUAAAAUAUGACUCAUUGUCCCCUCCAAAGAUUCAUAAAAUUCUUGAACUAAAGUGAUCUUCUGAAGAAAAGCCACCUAACAACAUUAGGAGGCUCAUAAAGCUCAUUUCUCUUUUCCCUGGUAUGCACAAAUAUCAAGCCUAUAAAGAGUAAUUAUUUCCCCAAACCUGUAACCACUGCGUUCGUUUUCUUUGGAGGAACAUUGUAGCAUUUCAGGAGGGUAGAGAGAUCUAAAGAGUUUGGUCUGAAUGUGUGUCUGUACAAUUCCCUUUGGCAUUAAACUCUGAAACCUACAAUGAAUGGCCUUCAAAUUGGUGUUAAAUUGGGAGGACACCCUACUGCUUUCUGAGUCCAUGAGCAACAGAAAGACUGGUCUUAGUGCAAUUAGGCAGGAGGGAUUUGGACUCAGAAACAGCCACAGAAGUAUUUCUCAGCACUCCCAGUUCCUGCCGACUUAGCUGGAAACGAUGCCACAGCGAGACCAGAAAGAGGAGUUGCCUUAAGGUAUCCCUACAAAGUCACCUUUCUGAUAAAAAGGAGGGAAAAAAAAGUUAGAUAUCUAAAAUAAGCCUAGAAUCUCACACACAGCUGUGACUUCUAAGUGAAACUCUUUUCUCGCUCAUGUCCUUAAAUAGUCACAGAAUCACACACAGCCUGACUUUUAAAGACAAGCUUGGCUACAGGAAAUGAACCAACCCCAAAGACUCUUCUAGCCUGUCUCCUGACUGGGCUCCUUCAGAAAGUGUUCUCCUGUUCCAUCUGCAGGGCUGCUUACUACUGGAACCUAAAACAAAACCUGUUGUUUGUACCAUCAGUUUUUCUGGUGUUUCCUGUGCUUUUGUGAUUCCAAGUCUGUUCAUAAGUUCUGAAGAUAAAUUACGUGAAAUCAUAUUUUGGCAUAUUGGGGUGGAGGAUGAAUUCUUUACAAACUUUUUAAGAUGAUCUCAUUUGUACCACAGAAAACAUUUUGGAAGUUGUUAUAUAUGAGUAUAUAAAUUUUUCUUGUCGUAUUUUACAUUAAAAUAAAGCUUUAUUCAGUCAUUAA